UCUAGAUAGCUUUAAUACUGACGUGCAAAUGACAACUUUGUUAAAACAUAAACGAUAUUUCAGUAUUUCACGAUAUUUUUAUAUCAUGAUAUUUUUCUUGUUAUAACUUUAAGUUUAAUCAUUAUAAAUAAAAGUAACAAUCGACGUUUUUACUGAAUUUAUCUAGGCGAACUGAAAGUUUUCAUAAGUCACUCAACUGCUAAGAAUAUGCAAGCGUUGAAUAUACAACCACAAUUAAUACAGAAAAGUAGCUCAACAGAAGAGGGAGGCAGAAACAGAAGAUGUUCUCAAUAUGAAGCACUCAUGAGAAAGUUCUCAGAGGCUCAUAAAGAAGAAUGCAAGUCAAUAUCAGUGGACAUCCCAAAAGUACAGCGUGGUGUCAAGAAGUUCCCGACAGGAUCACAGUAUGUGGGCAACUGGGACGUUCUUGGAAUGAGCGGGAAAGGGACUUACACGUUUCCUAAUGGUGUUAUAUAUGAAGGAGAAUUCAAUGACGGGAUGUUCGAUGGAGAAGGGGAGCUGCAGUAUCCUGGUGGAGAAGUCUUGAAGACCAAGUUUAGUAACGGGGUCAUGAUGGAACGCUCACUCAUAUUUGCUGACGGCUUGUAUUACACUGACGGUGAUUUCGAGUACUGCAAGAUGCCUGAUAGAAGAUACACAAUAGAAUACGAUGAAGGCUUGAAUCCAGCCGACGAGUCGUACCAGACGGCUGAGCAGCCUCCCAAGGAAAUUCCGCCCGGGUACUAUGACUGCGGCGAUGGCUUCUUCAACGCAGAGACUAAAAUGGUCUACAGAUACGAUGAUAUCACUGCCAUUUUGAGGUCACCGUAUGAGCGAGAACGAAAAUGGAUGGUGGACAACUGUCGCAUGAACCCGUGCAAAGAAAUGGGUCCACGUCCAGACCUCUACGAGGAUUGGGUCGAGCCUGAAGAGGAGCUGGAGAAGAUGCCUCUCCCCGCGUGCAUGUCUGUGGGCACGAGACACCUGUUCAUGUCGUCGCAGCUGGCCUUCGUGCCGCCAGACAUCGAGCGUUCGAGCCGCACGGUGAGCAUGUUCGACUACAACAAGUGGCUACAAUCACAACGCUACAAGUCGUCGGCAACUCUCUCUCGAUCUAGGACUACUUUGUCCACGUUAUUCAAAGAAGAUUUAUUUAUUUAAGCUUUUUUUAUUAGGUAAGUACCUAAUUUAAUUUUACUAUAGAUUUAUUUGGAGUUAUUUCGGAUUUGACUUUUGAGUCUUUUGGAUUACGAGUACUUACUGAGUUUCGCUUUUUCUAAUUUUUCAAAAUAAUCUUAUGAUUAUUUUACACGUACUUAUUUAAACUGGUUUUAAAUAUACUUAUUUGUAUCGUUCCUGUAACUUCUUUACUUGAAUUGUUUGGUUAGAAUAUUUGUUAAACCUUUACAAGAAAUUCUUAUAGCAUUUUCAUAAUUUUUGCACUGAUCUUUCAAUAAUAUUUUCAUAUACAUUAGUAUGUUUAAAUGUAAAUGUUUUUUUAUAUUUUUUUUAAUUACUGGACUUCUGUUUAUACUAAGUAUUUAUAAGUUAUUUAUAGUUUUAAAGUUUUAAUACAACAAUUUAGUCUCUAUUAUAGAAUCUUGAAUUGUCAAUUGUUAUUGUGGUGAAAUAUUGAUAAGGGAUAUCUGCCUAUUUUAGCAAUCUUUAAAAAGUACUCCUACCUAAUAUAUUUAUAUUUUUUUGUUUUCAUUUGCAGACAUGACACUUCUAUGUUGAAGGCAGUAAGGUCGUACUCAUAUUUCUUUAUACUUUUAACAGGGUUUCUUAAUUUACUAUUUCACACAGCUUGUUCGCCGAAUCAGCAAUUUAUUUUGAGUAAAGAUUGAACUUGAUUUAAUCGAAAAUAAAACUAUUUUAAACGAUGACAAUGGACAUUUUUUUUCAACUAUAAUGAGCAAAAUUUAAAGAUCUUUUAUCUUCAGGUAAAGUGGAACUUUUGCGACAUUGGGGCUAUAGCUGUCUUCUUCAAACCUGGCUAACUCACAUUCGGGAGGCAGAAAAUUUCUUUUCUCAAUUGGUUAACUCAAUUAGUUUAAGGUGGAAGAUAUCCCUCUUCAAUAAAUUUAUUUCUAGUUUAAUAUUAAGUAGUUUACCUUGAUUUUAGUUAAAUGUUUAAUCAACUUAAUUAUUAAAACUAUUAUUAAAUAUUAGAUUCCAUUAAAUUAUAACAAAUAAAAUUUUCUUUCUUUUAUCGAUUUUUCGGCUUGUAAGCAUGUCCAUCUUAGUGCAGCCUCACUGUUUCGUCGGCAUCGUCGCGCUACGCUCUGUCGACGAUUCAAUGCAGUAUUAUAUGCCACCGCACUGUAGUGCAUUAAUUUCAAACCAAUGUAAUUCCGGCUCCACACUAUCGCGGACCAGUUCGCCAAACUUUGACGGAUUCAUCUUUCCUGGUUUUUUAUUGGUAUAAAUGCAACUCUAACUCUCCAACUCCUACAAAAUAGGCAGUUUUCGGCAUCUUGAGUUCAGCGACAAUGUAGGGCUUUCAUAAAAGCAGCAACACUUCGCACGACGUACCGAUGAGACAGUCCUCUUAUUUAUUCAUUUAUCAG